AUGUUUUAUUGGGUCUAUUUAUUAUUUCUUUUUUUAUCAUCAUCAUCUACUAAAACUUUAAAAUAUGACUUUCAAAAUCAAUCAUUUCGAGCAGCUAUUGUUACUUUAACACAUGGAGAUCCUCUACGUUUACUUAAUAUGUUACAUUCAAUAGAAUAUUUUUUUCCUCAAUCCAUCGAUAAAUAUUCAAUUAUUAUUUUUUAUGAUUCACAUGGUACUGAGAUACGAAAUUCAACCUUAGAUUAUAUAAAAUCAUGUGUUAAAUUAAGAUUAAUAUUUCAAAAUAUUGUUUUAUUUACAUUAAUAAAAAAUCCUACUCAAACAAUUGACAUAAUUAAUCGUGAAGUUCCAACAAUUUUUCAACGUCCUAUAGGAUCUGAUUAUUUACUUCCACAAUAUUUACGCACAUAUCAUAAUAAUUGUAAAUCAUAUUGUUUUCCAUUUCAAUCAUAUGAUUCGAUUUAUAAUAAUUGUUUUCUUACACGUGUUCAAUUUUGGUAUCAAAAAAUAAUUGAAAAAUUUUUAAAUAAUCUUUUAUUAAAUGAUAGUAUUUUAAUUCAUUCAUUAGGUGAUGGAAAUAUUCAUGCUGUUAUAUUUGCAUUAACAUCAGAUACAAAACGCUCACAAAAAAUACAAUUUACUUAUGCACAUAAUAUACAUAUAUAUGGAAAACGAAAUAAAAAUUUUGAUCUACAACAUAAUUAG